GCCAAGAUUCCAGCGACAAUCUGAGCCGCACAGGGUUCUGCUGAGCAGGCCCAGCACAGGGAGGGCGGGAGGUGUAGAGGGUCCCUGGAGGACCCUGAUGGCCACCAUGAAGAUGCGAAGUGAGGCAGAUAUGGAAGAGCAGAUCCAGGAGCUGAAGACAAUCACUCGGCUCCAAGGUGAGCCCAUCCCCAGGGGACCAGCCUAUCUGGGCUACAGAUCAGGGCCCUCGGGCCAUCCGGCUACAGGAGGGGAGGCCUCGGCCCUCCUCUGCAGGCUCCCACCACCUCUAAGCUGGGAGGCUGGAUGGGGGCCUCAAUGCUGGGCCCGCGGGGAGUGCCUGAGGCUGGGGUACCCGAGAGACCAGGGCACCCCCCAGCUCAGCAGCCGCCGCUCCGCAGGCGCUUCCAUGAGGUUGGCGCACCGCCGCUGCACCAUGGAGGUGGCGCGGCAGCGGGGGCAGAAGCUGGAGACCGUGCAGCUGGAGUUGGCCGCCUUGAGGAGCCAGCCUGACGCCACCAAGGAGGAGUUGCGCAUGCUCCAGGUUAUCCGCCAGCUGGAGAACAACAUUGAAAAGACCAUGAUCAAGAUCACCACAAGUCAGAACAUCCACCUGCUGUACGUGGACCUGCUGGAUUACCUGAAGAAGGAGCUGGCAGGGUACCCCACAGAGCUGGACAAGCUGCAGAAUCUCGUGGACGACUAUUGCUCAGAACUGUCAGACAUGACAGUCAUGUCCCAAGACGCCAUGAUGAUCACGGAUGAGGUCAAGAUGAACAUGAGGCAAGGGGAGGCGACUUUCAUCGAGGAACGCAAGGCACGGGAGAACCGGCUGAAUCAGCAGAAGCAGCUGAUUGAGAUCCAUAUGAAGGAGACCAAUGAGAAGUACCGCCGGUAGGGCUGGUGGAACUUGGACUUCCCCUCCAAUCUGAUGGGUACAGAAAUUGUGAAAGUGAGGAGAAGAGAGAUCUCCAAGGCCGACGUCGAAUACCAGACAGAAGUCACAGCUUUGGUGGAGAAAGUGAAGUCUGCUGUGCGGUGCUCUCAUUUCUGGGACAUCGCUGGCCGGUUCCUGGCUCUGAGGAACACAGAGGACAACCUGGAGCUGCAGAUGGAGGACUGUAAGGAGCGGCGGGCACAGCUGGAGGCGCUGAUGAAGAAGCUGGAAGUAGAGGAGGCGAUGCUCAAGUUCCGCCAGAUGCCCAGCUCCAUCAGCUUUAAGUCUAUGGAGAAGAGAAUGAAGGACAUGCUGAAGGAGGAGGAAGAGCGGCUCCAGGUGGCCUACUCCAGCAUGACCCAGAGCCAGAAGCUGCUGUUGACCAUCCAGACAGGCAUUGACAACCUCUCCAUCCGGCUGAUUGGCAUCCCUCUGCUCACAGCCCAGAAAGAAGUGGCGCUCUCUGACAGCCUGAAUGUGGUCAGCAAGCUGGCGUACUGCGAAGUGAAGCUCCUGUACCUGGCUGACCAAGUGCAGAAUCUGUCCAGCAACGAGGAGGUCAACACAAAGGUGAAGGAUACCCUGGAGUCCUCCACUCUGAAGGAGAAGCAGAACACCAGGAUCAGCUUUGAGGACCUGGAAGAGGAUAUGAUAGAAACCUUCCUGUUCACAGACGUGGACCACAGCUACGUCCCCUCGCGGGCCGAGAUCAAGCGGCAGGCCCAGCGGCUGAUCGAUGGCCGGCUCAAGGUGGCCAAGAAGAAGUAACCCCAGGAGGGCGAGCCCCGCCUGCCCCCAGGCCGGCGCUUUGUGACACGAAUAAACAUUUUUCCAGGA